GUCCCAUUUAGUCCAGAUAUUUCCUGCUCCCUGCCUCUUUCGCAGAUCUACCAGUGUACAAUGAGUGUAGCCAUCAUGUGGUAAAGGGAAUCCCCAUUCACUGCAGAUCAGCAAGCAAACAUGAAGAAAGGGAACUACAGUAAGCGUUUGGAUCAGUUCUCAGUUUUUGUCUUGUAUGAGAAAGUGAAACUAUUUCACAUUCACCGUCUCUUCGAGGGUAAAUGGCGCAGCAACAAACCCUAAUGGAUCGGAAAAAACUUUGCUGUUCCAUCUGUCUGGAUCUACUGAAGGAGCCAGUGACUAUUCCCUGUGGACACAGCUACUGUAUGAGCUGUAUUAAAAGCCACUGGGAUGAAGAGGAUCAGAAGGAAAUCUACAGCUGUCCUCAGUGCAGACAGCUCCUUAUACCGAGGCCUGCCCUGGUGAAAAACACCAUGUUGGCAGAUUUAGUGGAGGAACUGAAGAAGACAGGACUCCAAACUGCUCCGGCUGAUCACUGCUAUGCCGGACCUGAAGAUGUGGCAUGUGAUUUCUGCACUGGGAGAAAGCUGAAAGCUCUCAAGUCCUGUCUGCAGUGUUUGGUCUCUUACUGUGAGCAGCACCUCCAGCCUCACUAUGAAUCUUCUGCCUUUGGAAAACACAAGCUGGUCAACCCCUCCAAGAAGCUCCAGGAGAACAUCUGUAUUCGUCACAAUGAGGUGAUGAAGAUUUUCUGCCGUACUGAUCAGCAAUGUAUAUGUAUUCACUGCUCCUUGGAUGAACAUGAAGGCCACGACACGGUCUUGGCUUUAACAGAAAGGACUGAGAAGCAGGGAGAGCUCGGAACGAGUCGGCAAAAGAUCCAGCAGAGAAUCCAGAACAGAAAGAAAGAAGUGAAGCUGCUUCAGCAGGAGGUGGAGGCCAUCAAUCACUCUGCUGAUGAAGCUGUGGAGGACAGCGAGACGAUCUUCACAGAUCUCAUCUGUCUCAUUGAGAAAAGAAGCUCAGAUGUGACGCAGCAGAUCAGAUGUCGUCAGAAAACUAAAGUGAGUCGAGUCAAAGAGCUUCAGGAGAAGCUGCAGCAGGAGAUCACCGAACUGAGGAGGAAAGACGCUGCGCUGGAGCAGCUCUCGCACAGAAAGGACCACACAGAGUUUCUACAGAAGUACCCCUCGCUGUCAUGUCUUAGGAAAACUACAGACUCGCCCAGCAUUAACUGCCCUAUGCAAUACUUUGAGGAUGUGACCACAGCUGUGUCGGAAGUCAGAGAUAAACUACAGGACAUUCUGAGCGACGUGUGGACCAAGAUAUCCGAGCCUGAAGCAGAUGUUUUACUGCCACAGGCGGAGCCAAAAACCCGAGCUGAAUUCUUACAAUAUUCACAUCAAACCAGACUGGAUCCAAACACAGCAAACGCACGGUUGUUGUUAUCUGAAGGGGACACAAAAGCAGCAGUGAUGAGUGGAAAACAGGUGUAUCCUAGUCAUCCAGACAGAUUUACUGACAUGUUUCAAGUUCUGAGUGGAGAGAGUCUGAGCGGACGUCAUUACUGGGAGGUGGAGAGGAGCAAAUAUGAAGUUUCAGUAGCAGUCGCAUACAGGGAUAUCAGCAGAACAGGGUACAAAAGUGGUUUCGGAAAUGAUGAAAAGUGUUGGGCAUUAGAGUGUUUCAAAAACAGGUAUGAGUUCAGACAUAACAGUAUUACCACUAUUAUCUCAGGCCCUCAGUCCUCCAGAGUAGGAGUGUACCUGGAUCACAGGGGAGGUGUUCUGUCCUUCUACAGCGUCUCUAAAACCAUGACUCUCCUCCACAGAGUCCAGACCACAUUCACUCAGCCGCUCUAUCCAGCACUGGGUGUUUUUGCUACAUAUAGUAAUGGUUGUGCUGCUUUGUUCUCUAAGCUUGAGUAGAUAGAAGUUAGGAGGCAGCAGUGAUGGAGUACUCAAGUCCUGGACUUGAGUCUGACUCAAGUUGCUAUUCUCUGGACUUGUGACUCGACUUGACCUUCGCACACUGAUGACUUCGAUCAUUGGAUUUUAUGUUUUGGACUCCAGGAAGACUAGCUGGUCGUCUAGGUGUCAGCUAUUGGAGAUCCUUAUAAUAAACUUAAAGGUGCCCUGCCACACGUAUUUCAUUACUUUGUAGUAAUGUCUGAAGUUCUAC